AAAGACUGAGUUUGAAGUCUGAGUUGAGGAUGGACAUGAGACCGAGAAGAGACGACGAACAAAUCAGAUGAAAUAUCUGGAGAAAAAUCAAAAUCGUCUGACAGGGAUCUACUCUGUCUUUCUAAGAUACAUUUAAAUUUCCAGCUGCUUCGUUUCCACUGACUUUAAUUUUCCAAACGGACCUCAAAGACAAAAGAAAGGAAUAUUUUCUGGCUCUAAAGGGUGAAUAUAAAGUCACGUCUUCUACCUCAUCCUCAGGAUUAUGGUGGAGUUUGUUCUGCUUGAAGAUCUGAAGGACGAUCAAAAUGCUGAAAUGUAAAGUUCACUUUUAUCUCUGCUGCCUGUGGGUCACCUCUCUGCUGCUGCUCUGGGAUGUGAGCAGCGCAGCUCCCACAGAGGCCCAGUCCAUCCCAUGUAGCAUCUCUGUGACUGAACCAGUAUCCAGUCUGGACUCCAUCUCACUGACCGUCAGCACACCUGGACGGGACUGCUCCUUCACUGUGACAUCACCAGACACCGGAGCAGACGGCGCCGAAUGUAGAAGAAGAACAGGAGGAGAUGAGGAGAUAGAGACUAAUGAGAUUGGAGGAAAGGAGCAAGGAGAGGAGGAGACAAAGAAGGAGGAGGAGGAGGAGACGGGAGCUAAUUAUCUGGGAACAAACCAGCUAGGAGUUGAGGAUGGAGGGAACAAGGAGACAGGAAGUGUUUUCACCUGCGUGUUGGAUCACCUGGAGCCUGGAACCACCUACCUGCUGCAGGUUCAGUCCCAGAAAGACGAGGAGACAGCAAACAUCACCGUGAACACCAGGCCGUCAGCGGUGAGCGACCUGACAGUGACCUCCAGGACAUGUAGCAGCCUUGGUCUCUCUUGGCAGGCCGGCCCGGGCAGGACGCAGCGCUUCAGGCUGCAGCUGUGGGACCAGACAGGUCUGCUGAGGAACGAGACGUUAGAGAGCACGGCGACGCAGCACACACUCCUUGACCUGACGCCUGGACGACUUUACAACGUAACCAUGGUUACGGAGGCCGGUGGGCUGCAGAACAGCCAGACGACGGAGGCUCAGACAGCUCCCGCUGCUGUUUCUAACCUCACCGUCGACCACAACGACAGCACAAGCGUGUUGUUGUCAUGGCAACAGCCUGAAGGCGACCUGGACGUGCUCAUCGCCACUGUGUUGACCAAUGGCACGAGCCACGGGGAGACGAUGCUUCCCCCGGACGCCACGGAGGUCACCAUUGAUCAGCUGACUCCUGGCUCAGCCUAUCAGGUCGCGGUGACGUCUAUGAGCGGCAAACUGACGAGCCAAUCAGAAAUGACUGUCAGGACAGCUCCAGCGGCGGCGUCCCUCCUGUCCUUGUCGCCCGCCUCCUCCGGUGGCCUCCUACUGUCUUGGACGCCCCCCACUGGCCACUUGGAGAGCUACACACUGUUCCUGUUUGAUGGCUCCCAGCAGUUAGUCAGCACCACUCUGGAGCGAGAGGCAGUGAACUUCAGCUUCCCUGGGACGGGACUAACGCCUGGGAGACUGUACAGAGCUGUGCUGAGAGUGGAGAGUGGAGGACUGACGGCAGAGAGCAGCUGUGACGGACGAACAGUUCCGGCUUCAGUCUUGGACCUCCACAUACGACACGCGGACGAGACCUCACUCAGCGCCAUGUGGAGCCACGCCCCCUCUGGGUCACGUGACAACUACUUCCUGACCAUUCGCCACGGUAACAUCACUGUGGAUACCAGAGAGGUGGAGCCAAACAUGAGGGAGUGCACGUUCAAUGUGCUCACACCUGGGAGACAGUACACCAUCACCGUGACGACCAGGAGCGGGAAACUGAACACCUCCGUGUCAGUGGAGGGGAGGACAGUCCCCAUGGCGUUGCGUGUCAUCACUCUGAGAGGCUCUGGGGUCAACAGCCUCCAGGCAUCAUGGGAAAAACCACCAGGAGACGUGGACUCGUUCACACUGACUCUGCUGCAGGACAGUGUGGUGGUUCAGAACCACAGCGUUCCAGUCGGCUCUUCUUCUCUGCUGCUGGCUGGUUUGAUCCCCGGCUCCCUCUACAGGCUGCAGGCCGCCACCGUCAGCGGGGGGCUGCAGUCCAAGAACAUCAGUCUGGACGGACGAACAGCCCCGGCGUUGGUGUCAGAGGUCACUGUUGCUAACGGCGGCAGGUCGGAUGCUCUGCAGGUGUCGUGGCACCCGGCAGUUGGUGUGGUGGACAGGUACCUGGUCCGUCUUCAGGAUGGGAGCCAGACCGUCCACACACGGGCUGUGUCCCGCUCCUCGCCACCUGAGUGCUCCUUCAGCUCGCUGGUCGCCGGGCGUCUGUACUCUGUUGUCAUAGUGACGAGGAGCGGCAGCCUGGAGAACACCACCACGGUUAAAGCACGAACACAACCUGCAACGGUGCAAAACCCAACAGCUGUCCACUCUGCAAGAGACGACUUCCUCAAGGUGUACUGGCGUCAAGCAGCUGGAGAUCUGGACCGUUACGUGGUUCUGAUCCGUUACAACAACAGCGUCCUGCAGAACAAAAGCGUCUCUGCUGGACACAACGAGUGCGUCUUCUCCUCCCUGUCACCGGGGAGACUCUACACCGUCACUGUGGAAACCUGGAGCGGGGACUACGUCAGCAGCGUCUCCACCGACGGACGCACCUUUCCAGCAGCUGUUGGAAAUCUGUCGCUCGGUGAUGCAGGGACAGGUGAUCUGACGGUCACCUGGAGCCCCGCCCCCGGAGAUGUGGACCACUAUGAGGUGACUCUGCUCUUCAAUGACACUCGUGUUUUCCCGCCGGUCACGUUAGGGAGCGAGGUGCGACACCACCAGCUGACCUCUCUGACCCCUGGGCGUCUUUAUAAGAUCGUGGUGUCGACGUUCAGCGGGCCGUACCAGAGACCGCAGUUCAUCGAGGGACGGACAGUUCCCAGUGCAGUCGGGAACCUUCACAUGGUUCCUCGACCCGGCCUGACGGACUCUGCUAAUGGACUGCUGGUCUCCUGGACACCUGGAGACGGAGACAUGGACAUGUAUAUCGUGUCCUUAUCCACCACGGAUGGCGUCAUCAUAGAGACUCGUCCCGUCCCAAAACAUGUUACCUCCCUGGACUUCCUUGAUCUGAUCCCAGGCAACGCCUACACCAUCACCAUCCAAUCACUGAGUGGGAAGCUAACCAAUAGCAACAGAGCCACCGGCAGAACUGCUCCGGCCAGAGUCACCGCCCUGCAGGCCGACAACGACCACACCACCCACAGUCUGACCGUCAGCUGGGAGAGGCCGGUGGGCGUGUACGACGGCUACAGCCUGCAGUUAUUGGACGAGGCCGGCGUUGUUGUGGCCAAUAGGUCGGUCUCUGUGGAGAGUCGGAGUGAGCGCCUGGAGGGUCUGACAUCAGGGAAGUGGUACAGAGUGAAGGUGGCGACGCUCAGCGGCGGAGUCCCGUCACUGGAGGCUACAGCGGAGGGACAAACUCGUCCGGCUGCAGUCAGUAAUCUGACCGUCACCUCGGCCAACACCUCCUCUCUCUCCUUCACCUGGCGUCCCUCUGACGGCCACGUCGACAUCUACGACCUGUCGCUCUACAGCGUCAGCGAGGCGACAACCAAUCAGGAUGCUGCAGAAAGCAGGAAGGAGCAUCACCAGGCGGUGGGCGAGCCGCUGGACCUGCAGAAAGUGGGUCCAGCUGCAGACAGCUGUGUGUUCACCGGCCUGCGAGCAGGAAGUCUGUACAGACUGCAGGUGGUGAGCUGGAGCAGAGGCAUGAGCAGCGACUCCUCAGUGCUCGCCAGAACGGUCCCUUCCUCAGUGUCGUCUCUUCAGGUUCAGAGUUCAGGACGGACGGACAGAGUGACGGUCAGCUGGCAGCACGGAAAGGGCAGCUGGAGCAGCUAUCAGGUGGUUUUGUACGAUGCCUCUGGAGCCACUCUGGGAACUCAAACACUUGGGCCAGAACACACGAGUCACGUGUUCUCCGGGCUCACCCCUGGUAGGCUGUAUCGUGCUGAGGUCAUCACACACAGCGGGGAACUGACCAAUAACAUCUCAGCCUUCGGACGCACCGCUCCGGAGCUGCCCACCCACCUGUCCGUCAAACAAGGCCCGACCAAUGACACGAUAGAGCUGACGUGGUCCGGUCCCGUCUCUGGGGACUACGACAGCUUCAGUGUGCAGUGGAGCCCUCCGGACCGCCUGUCAGUCACACAGACGCACCUGACCAGCCGCAUCCUGGGCGGCAUGUUCCCGGGGCGACAGUACAACUUCACUGUGGCGACUGUCAGCGGGGGCGGGGCCAGGGGCGGGCCCUCUGUCAGGAGCCAGCCAAUCCAGAGGAACGUCAGGACAAGUCCGUCCCCUCUGAAGUCCAUCCACUGCUACCCUCUCUCGUCCUCGUCCCUGUCCUGCUCCUGGUCGCCUCCCCUCUCCGACUUCGACUCCUACGAGGUCGAGUGUCGUCGCCAUGACGACGGGGAGCUGACUUCGGCGCUGCGGCUGGCAGAGGGCGUCACCGCGGUAACGCUGGACCACUUGGAUGCGUACAGGAAGUACUCGGUGACGGUCAGGGUGUCGUCAGCCGGACAGACGAGUCUGCCAGCGACACACACCACUGUUACCAUGAUAGACCGCCCUCCAGUCCCGCCCUCCAGUGUUCAUGUCAGUGAGAAGACGUCGAAGGUCACGUCGUCCUCCAUCUUGUUUCGCUUCAACUGCUCCUGGUUCAGUGACGCCAACGGAGCCGUGCGAUACUUCGCCGUGAUCGUGGCCGAGUCUGAUGCCAAUGAGAUGCUGCAGCCGGAGCAGCGCCACCCUCUGCCCUCCUACCGCGACUACAUCAGUAACUCCUCCGUCAGAGCAUAUCAGACCGCCUACUUCGCCAGCCGCUGUCCACAGGACACAGAGACCGCCGGCGGACAGGUGGUGGAGGUGAACCUCGGGGCUGGAGGGGAUCGGCUGGGCGGGACCUGUGACCGUUACCAUGACGACGACCUCUACCUGAGUGACAGCUACGGUGGCUUCUGUGACGGGCCACUGAAAGCCAAAACCUCCUACAGGCUGAGUGUGCGAGCUUUCACCAGACUGUUUGAUGAAAACCACCGAGAGUUUCCUCAGCCGCUCUUCACCGACACUUACCUGUCCGCCCCGCUCAGGACACAAUCAGAGCCUUUAGGUGGCGUCGUAGAGGGUCUGAGUGCGGGGAUGUUCCUGAUCGGAAUGAUGGUGGCUGUCGUCUCUCUGCUGGUCUACAGACAGAGACUCCGCAAAGUGGCUGUUCAGGAGAAUCCAGUGGUGAGGAUGAAUAUGUGGAAAGAAGUACCGGCCUCAGGAUUAUACCUGGGUGUCAGGAGCAAUCGUCGAGUCACCAGUCCGAUCAAAGCCUGUCACUUUGAGUCCCACCUGACCAAACUGCAGGCCGACUCCAACUACCUGCUGUCUGAGGAGUUUGAGGAUCUGAAGGAUGUUGGACGCAACCAGACGAUGGACGUCGCCCGACUGCCGGAGAACCGAGGGAAGAACCGCUACAACAACAUCCUGCCAUAUGAUUCUACCAGAGUGAAGCUGACGUACCUGGAGGACGACCCCUGUUCUGACUACAUCAAUGCCAGCUACAUACCUGGUAAUAACUACCGCAGGGAGUACAUUGCCACCCAGGGCCCGCUGCCCGGCACUAAGGACGAUUUCUGGCGGAUGGUGUGGGAGCACGGCGUCUACAAUGUCGUCAUGGUGACGCAGUGUGUGGAGAAGGGGCGGGUGAAGUGUGAUCAGUACUGGCCUGCAGACAGAGAGCCUCUGUACUACGGUGACCUGGUUAUUCAGAUGCUGUCAGAGUCCGUCCUGCCUGAAUGGACCAUCAGAGAGUUCAAGAUUACCUCGGAGAGCAGCUGCACUUACCCUCGGGUGCUGCGUCACUUCCACUACACUGUGUGGCCCGAUCAUGGAGUCCCAGAGAGCACCCAGUCCCUGAUCCAGUUUGUCAGGACAGUUCGGGACUAUGUGGACCGAUCACCCAGCACCGGAGCAACCAUCGUGCACUGCAGUGCUGGUGUUGGCCGUACGGGGACAUUCAUCGCCUUGGAUCGGGUUCUGCAGCAGUUGGACUCUAAAGGAAACAUUGACCUGUACGGCUGUGUGUUUGACCUCCGCCUGCACCGCCAACACAUGGUCCAGACUGAGUGCCAGUAUGCCUUCCUGCACCAGUGUGUGCGGGACGUCCUGAGAGCCCGGAAACAUCGCAGUGAACAGGAGAACCCUCUCUACCCCAUCUACGAAAACUUCAACCCCGAGUACUGCCGAGAUUUCAUCUACACCGGACGCUGAAGAGACGAUGACAUCCGUCUGAUCAAUAGAGAAGAAACGAUGCUACGUUAGCUCAUUCUGACAUUAUCAAAACUAUCUGAGUUAACACAGAGCAUCAGCUACACAUCACACAAUACAAGAAAAAUACAGAAAUGUAUAAAAGUGAAGACGACACAUAAAUGAUGUGAGAGAUUUUCAGUAUCCCUGUUUUUAGAUCACGUUCUUGACUUACUGUCAGACUGUAAGUGUGACCAGUUUAUGGAAGUUUAAUGCUGACACAACUACAGGAAAAACAAGACACAAAGAACAUAUUUUUAUUAACAGGAAAUGUACCUGUUAUGUGCUGUGACUACAGGGAAGCUUAUUCUAUUGGCUAAACUCUAUUGUUAAUUGAUAUUUUGUUCAAUUUGUGACCUGUUGGCAACUUUUUAAAAUAAAGUGUCCCAACAAAAUUUUAAUUUUUGAGACGAAUCCUUUAAGUUAAUGCGGUUAACGAUAGUCUUAAGUGUUAAAGGGAAACACGGGUUGAUCUCAGGUUGCUGGUGGUUAUUAAAGACAUCUGAUGUUAGCUAGCAUUAUAACUGACCGAUCACAGGGAAGGAAAGAGCCAUCUAUUUUUUCGAUUAUAACUGUAUGUUCUCACUCACUGCUCCAUAUAAGCUGUUUAUUUAAAACGUUACACAUAUUGCUGUAUGUAAAUAUUGAUGUAAUACUCCUUUUUUUUAUAUAUAUGUUACUGAAUAUAAACUGUAUGUCAAUCAUUUUUAUGCUGUGCGAUUUUUAGAUAUUUUCGGUGUGUCAUUUAUAAAAUCAAACACGUCAAGUAGCUGCAUAAAGUAUAACCUGCUGUAUUCAGACUUUAAGUUACUGUGACAUUUGUUCAUUUCUAAAAAUACAAACACUCAUAAACAUAUAUAAUCACAUUAUUUCAUAAACUUGUUAAUGAAUUUAGAACAUUUUGAAUAAAAGUCUGAAUACAAAACAGGAACUCCCCCUUUCCCUUAGUUUAAGUACUUGCUGGGAUUAAAAUAUUGAUUUUGCUGUGAAAAUAUCUGAAAAAUUUGUGCAAUUUUGUUGAAAUAUUUGAGGAGUCUGUGGAUUUUUUUUUUUUAUGAUCACAGCAGUCUGAACAAAAUAAAUCCGAUUUUGUGUUUUUAAAACUUUUGACAUCAAUGACAAACUCACACUUGCAAGUCCAAAAUUAUUAAAUAUUAUUAAAUAUUUGGUGAACCCUGUUUUCUUUCUGUUUGUCUCGACUGCUGGAGGAAUUUUAAAUCAUCAUUUGUUUUAUGGAUUUAUUUCUGAGGAUAUAAUGAUUUGUUUUUUAAUCAUGGAGAAAUAUCGGACUGGACAAUUAUUCGAUAUUAUUAUGAUGUGAUCUUAUAAUAAAGACUAGCAAAAUUAGUUUGAUUAUAUUAUGAUUUUAGAAUAAGUUUGUUAUACUCAUAAAGAUAAAUAUCGAUAUAUUUUAUUGAUAUAUCAUCCAGCCCUAUAAUGAGAAUGUAAUGCAGUUUUAACGACCUGCUGUCACAUCACUGUAAACUGGAUUAUUAAGUGCUUAUUAAAACAACUGCCAAAUUUU